AUUUUGCUUGAUGAUUUCAUCAAGUGGAGGGAUACCGCCCACUGUUGAGGCAGUUGACGUUCCCGCUGCUCGACCAAAUUUGCCGGAGCUAGAUGAGGAUGCCGAUGAAGUGUAUAGGGAGCCAUGGUAUGCAACACUCAUCCAGAUCCUGAUACCGUUCGGGCUGGCCAGCCUGGGCACGAUAACGGCGGGAGUGGUGUUCGGCAAUGUGGAGAACUGGUUGGUGUUCAAGCAGAUGCGAGAGUUGACAAUGAUCGUGCCGGGACUAUGCGGCCUGAAGGGUAAUCUCGAUAUGUGCGUCGCAGCGCGUCUCUGCACCCAUGCGGCGUUGGGACAUUUGCGGCAAUUCUCCAAUAUACGCAACAUAAUCAUUGGGAAUGUGGCACUGGUGCAGGUGCAGGCGAUCAUCAGCUCCUUACUGCUGGCCAUCUUCACAAUGAUCAUCAAGUGCAUUGUGAGCAACACUUUGGACUUGAGCAAUUUGACUACACUGAUUUCCGCAUCGAUUAUAACCGCAUCCACAUCCUGUUUGAUCUUGGACUCAGCGCUGCUGUUGGGUAUUUUAUUCUCGCAGCGUUAUCGCUUUAAUCCGGACUAUUUUGCCACGCCCAUUGUGGCCUCAAUUGGGGAUGUGACAUCGGUCAGCAUGCUCGCCUUUACCGCCGCCAGUCUCUACGAUCUGAGGUGGGUCAGUGUGCUCAUCGUUGGCUCCUAUCUGCUGGUGCUAUUGCCCUUCUGCAUCGCCCUGGCUCUACAUAAUGCGCAAACACGUCCUGUGCUAUUUUAUGGCUGGAUAUCGGUGAUUGGCGCCCUGUGCAUCAGUGAAUUUUGUGGCUUUAUCCUUGGCGCUUCGGCGGAGCAAUUUAAUGGCUUCACUUUAUUCUCGCCGGUUAUCAAUGGCAGUGCCGGCAAUUUGAUAUCGGUUCAAGCGAAUAAUAUGAGCUCGCUGUUGCACCAGCGAACACCACUGGGAAAACUGCCGAAGGGCACCAGGAUCUUUGAGAUGCCGCAGCAUGCGCUGUGCUAUGGGACAAUCUAUUCGCGUGUCUCGCGUCUUGUGAUCGCCAUUUCGAUACCCGUGGCCAGCUUAUUGCAACUGAUUAUUCUGUUGUUGUCGGCACAUGUCCUUGUGCAUGCUCUAUGGAUAUUUAAGAUUGAUCCGGAUAGCGCGGCGAUACCAUAUUUGACGGCAUUCGGGGAUAGUCUGGGCACUGGUCUGUUGGCCAUCACUUUUCUCAUCGUACAGGGGAGCAAGUAUGAGUAUUGUACUAAUAAAUCGCCUUGGUUGAAUUAAA